AUGUCUCUCGACCGGUUCGCGGUAUACCGCUGCGCGGGCGGAGCUGACCAUCUGCACCGCAUGAACAUAAUGCACAGGGAAGCUAAACGCAAGCUCAGGACCGUGGCCGCGAUGGAGGGUGGUUCCGAUAGCAAUGAUGGUCCCGGAGCUGACUGCGGCAGAGGCUCUGUCACUGACAUCCGCCAGCUAUACACCGAGCCCGAGCGAUUCGGCGGCGGUGCUGGAAUGGCGCCUCCCAGUUCCGCUACGACCCAAGCUUGGAACACGCUCUCUCGUGCUGGCAUGCCCAAUAACCCGAGCAGUGUUGUUGCCCACAAUGACCACGGCAUGGGGCCAGGCCACUCGGCCGGCCCAUCCAACGACCAUGUCACCGUGUACAGCGCCCAUCACAACCCCUCGCAUCCCCAGAACCCCAGCCACGGGAGCGAUUGGCCGCCAAAUCAGUCCCUAUGCCAAGGAAAGCCUCUUCUGGAUGGACACCCCCCUCCCCAGCCCGGGCCCCAUCUCGAGCCCACGGUCCAGGUGACGGUGGUCGACCUGACGGCUCGGCCCCUCGGCAGCCAGACCUUCUGCUACCCGCUGGCCUGCACGGGUGCCCAGAUGUGCGGGCUGCGCGCCCUGCUCACGCCGCCCUGCUCCGGCCGGCUCCUCGCGCUGCGCACCGGCGACCUGUGCUACGUGCCCUGGCCCACCACGUCCGGCGAGCUGGACCGGAUCGUGGCCCGCGGCGCCCCGCUCACCGUCGAGGUUGCGUCGGAGGGGGAUUUCCGGCGGUGGGUGGAGGAGUGGCCCGGCCGUCGGGGCUAG